GUUUCAGAGAAUCCAUGCCGUGCAAAAAAAUUGGACGCCUGGUAGUCGGGCUGCUGGUUUGCGCAAGCGUGGCUUCUUUCUAAUUAAUUAUGGGAGAUUUAGCCACAACGGUUGAUCCAACACUUGUAAAGAUAACUGAAAUCGCGCUGCCGGGAAAAAGGGGGAAAACACAAAUUCUGUGAAUCUGAUACGAGAAAGAAAUCUCGGACUAGAAUGGACCGCGGAAGCGACAUGGAGAGAGACGAAGAUGACUCGGUGAGCGAAAUUCUACGGGAUCGAUUCAGGCUCUCAGCAGUCUCCAUCGCUGAAGAUGAAGCAAAGAAAAACGGAAUGGAGAUAUCUGAACCAAUAGUGGCUUGCAUUUCCGAUUUGGCCUUUAAGUAUUCAGAACUGUUGGCUAAGGACCUUGAACUUUUUGCGCAGCAUGGUGGUCGUAAGACUGUGAACAUGGAAGAUGUCAUUCUUACAGCCCGUAGAAAUGAACACCUAACUACCAUAUUGAGAUCCUUUUGUGACGAUCUGAAAGCAAAAGAACCACAACAUGAGAGAAAGCGGAAGAAAUCAUCGAAAAAGGAUGAAAAUGCUGAUGGCGUGGUGCAUAUUCCAGAUUUUUAAAAGGCAGCCAUAGAACUAUAAUCAACCGCACAUCAAGUUGACAUAGAGUCCUGUUUCUAUGUUAAUUAAUAGCAUCCCAUUGAAGGACGGUGCAUCUGUCUUUGAGCUACCGAGGUUCCAGGGGAUAUGAAGUACAGCUCCUGUGCCAUGUAAGUUCUUUUUCUAAUCCAGAUUACAUAAUCAAGAUCGGUCCGAGAUAGAUGUCACUUCUGAUUCUAUUGCUGCUUUAUAUAUUAUUCUAAUUUUGUAUAGGACUUUUUACUGAAGUCAUUAAUGUUGGCUAGUAGUUGAGAACUUUAGAUGUGAGCCUUUUGUCAAUGAUCAGUUGAUUCAGUUCCUUGA